AAACCGCGGUCGGGUAUUCUAUGGAAGAUGUCUUUUCUUUCCCUCUUAGACAAAGCGGAACUUUUUCAUCGCCUACAAACACCAAAACCACACUCUCCCCCUCCUCUUUUCAGCUUAUAUAAACUCAAGUAUCAGGUGAUACCUGCAUUAAUACAAUUCUGUUUGCACCGUUACCAUCACCCUCACCCUCAUCAUCAUCAUCAUCAUCAUCAUCAUCAUCGCCAUCAGAAGUCAUGUCUUCACGUUGUCUCCUGCUGGUUCUGCUGGGUCUCGCCUGCCUUCAGUCCUUCACAAUGGCUGAGCAUGUAAAUGGACCAGCUCAAUGCUGUUUCAGUUUCCAGACUCAUCGAAUCCCUGUAAAACGCAUUACAGCGUAUGGAAAAACAGAACAUCGGUGUACAAAACCUGGAGUCAUCUUUACUCUAAAGAGUGGGCGUCAGGUGUGUGCAGACCCCAGCGUCGAGUGGGUGCAGAGUCACAUGAAAACAGUUGACCAGCGAUAGAUUACUCCUGUAGGCCCGAACUGACCUUAAAUGAAUAUUUAAAUCCUUUGCCCAUAUAUAUAUAUAUUACAAAAUGCAUUUUUUAUGUAUUUAGACAGGAGCAAUAAAGCUUUUUAUAAUAAAUUAGAUUUAAACAAACUUUUGUUUAUUUAAAUUAGUCUAGUAUCGUGUAACUGAAUUAAACUAUAGGCUGUGAUGAUGAAUGAAUUAUAACAAUGUUGAUCACCUUCAAAGAGAUUCAAAUGGUCAUGUGACACCAUUGAUAACAACAUUUGAAACUUUGAAAAAAAAAUCAGUUCUUUUUUCGCUGCUCAGUAUCUUUCAUUCUUUCAUGUUUUCUUUCUAAUACGCAUGAGUUCCUGUUUUGCUGACAACUUGUGUUAGUUGAUGUCCACAUGCAAACUCAUACUUAAACUAUAACUAUGAACAAAACAGUAUGACACGUUGUUCUUUAUUAAAUAAAAUCCUCUUCUGUUUGA